UGGAGGACAGGUGUGAGGAUGAAGUCCAUCCUGCUGGGUUGGGUCCUGGCGCUGCUCUGGGUGUCCGUGGCUCAGGCUGAGGUCCUGGUGCAGCCAGAUUUUGAUGCCAAAAAGUUCUCAGGCCUCUGGUACGUGGUCUCCAUGGCUUCUGACUGCAAGGUCUUCCUGGGCAAGAAGGACCACUUACUGAUGUCCACCAGUACCGUCAAGGCCAUCACGGGGGGCAACCUCAGCGUCCACAUGGAGUUUCCUCGGGCUGAUCGCUGUAACCAGGUGGACGCCGAGUACCUGAAAGUGGGCUCCGAGGGGCACUUCAGAGUCCCGGCCCUGGGCUACCUCGACGUGCGCAUCGUGGACACGGACUACAGCUCCUUCGCCGUGGUGUACAUCUACAAGGAGCUGGAGGGGGCGCUCAGCACCAUGGUGCAGCUCUACAGCCGGACCCAGGAGGCGAGCCCCCAGGCUGUGAAGGCCUUCCAGGACUUCUACCCGACCGUCGGGCUCCCGGAUGACAUGAUGGUUACGCUGCCCAAGUCAGAUGUGUGCUCCUUGAGGGGCACGGAGGCACCCUGACACCUCGGGAGCCCCACCUUGGCCCUUCCCAGGGCGAGCCCGGCGUCGUCCAGACCCACAACCCUCCCGGCUGCCAUGCCUUGGGCCACCCUCUCCUCCUCCCCAUCCCCCAUGGGUGUCUCCUGGCCUCCGCUUUCCAC